AACCCCCUCCCCAACCACCCUCUUCUCCAGGUGACCUCGACCUUGCUCCUGUUCACGGCCAGCGUCUUCUACCCCAUCGUCUACGGGCUCUACAACCGGUCCAUAAGGAAAGAGGUCGUGACCUGUCUUUGCCCGAGCAGCAGCAGAGCCCGGCGCAGAGGCAAGCCUGAACCCCAGGCCGUCGACUCUCAACUCAUUCACUGAAGGCAGCGUGCUCGACUUCUCGUCCCUCCGGCACCGUGACAUCCUGGAGAAGCCCCUGACGCCGUGCCCCAACCCCGCCCUCCUGACGGCGCCCAUCCCGACGAUCUCUGGCUCUAUGGGCGUGGGAGGGCACGCGCCGCCCCACCUGCCGCCCAUCUUCCUCAUGGCGGACUACGAUCACAUACCCACGCGCGGGUAUAACCUCAAUGCCCGGAAGCCCUCGCAGGAUUCGGGCGCGGUCAUGGUGUCCGGCGACGACUUCGACGCGGAGACCCCGUCCCACAGCCAGAACCACCUGCACCUCCACCCACGGCCCACGCGAAGGGUCUCCGCCCCCAGCGUCCUCGGCAGCGUCCGCGAAGACCCCUCGACGCCCCCGCCCUCGCCCCCUCCUCCCUCUGCCCCCGCGGCGCCGCCCCCGGCCCUCCAGACGACGGUGAUGACCUGCGCCAGCGUCUCCCCCGCCGUGCACCGGAGGAAGAUGGCGAUGGCGCCCCUCUCGCUGCAGGUGGUGGCCGAGGGCGCGGCGAAGGCCCCCGCGGCUCCCCUGCGGCGGGUGAGGAGCCUGGACAAGCUCCCGACGGGCGACCUCGAGGCCAGGGACAAGAGGUACCUCUCGCUGCCCUACGACAAGUCCCUGACGCGCUACAUCAGGAAGAAGCAGUCGUCCCUCCCGCCGCUGGUGAGGGAGACCUCGCUCACGGGCGUGGCCCCCUGCGAGCGCCUGGCCCGGAGGAAGGGCUCCACGUCCGUCCUGAAGGUGGUGGCCAUCCCCGAGGACUGCGGCGGGGCGGAGGGCGCGCCCGAGGUGCCGGACUCCGGGCGGGGCAGCGUCGACAGCGGCGAGGGGGCCAAGGUGCGCGCCCAACGCCAGAUCAGCAUCGACGAAGGGAUCGGCGCCGAGUGUCUGGUCGAGGAGGACGCGGCCGUCGACUAGAUUUUCGAAUUGCAAGAACCGUUACGACCGUUGGAAUCCCUCUGCCAUCCUCAGGCAGAUUCGGGUGUUUUUUUUUUUUUUUCUAUUUAUUACUUUAUGACAUCUAUUUAUAACUAUCCUUAUUUAUUUUCAUUCGGUCUACAACGUGAAUUAUUCCAUUUAUUAUAUAGAUUUUUUUAUCAUGAAUAAACUGAGGGUCUAACAAUGGAACACCUCUAGUUAAGAAACAAAAAAGAUAAAAAUAUCACUUUUAUUAUAAAUAAAUGAUUACUUUAAUUCUCUAAUUAUGAUCAUGAAAAAGAAGUGAAGAUUACGUUUUGUUAAUUACACCAAGAAAUCCUGUAACCGAUUUGAAACUAGGAAAAAAACAAACAAACAAACAAAAGCAUACAUUUAGUCAACCUAUACUUAAUGUUUUAUGUAUAUAUCUGUGAAUAUUUCAGUGUUAAUCUUGUAAAUAUGAUAGUUUCAUGUCGCCUCGCAUUUAUAAGAUGUAAAAAGUAUUAUAAGGUCAUUUUUUUACGUAAUUUAAGCGAACACAUACACUGAACUUCAUCCUCUGUCUAUUUCUCAUUUUCUGUCUGUUUAUCUAUCUAUCUGUCCGUAUAUUUGUCUGUCUGUCUGCCUGUUUGUCUAUCUGUCUGUUAGUUUCUUAGCUUC